GGUUAAGAACUUCAGCGUGUCUCUCAAUUAGCGCAUAUAAAUGUGACCGUCUCUCGAGAACUGAACCUCAAUAUCGCCCUAAAUGCCGAGUCGCCUUAUAUUACGGCGUCCGUCCCCGACGACCGUAUCAUUCACAGUUUCCAAUGCCUCCAGGCGCACAAGCACGCCCGCAAAGGCCCUUUUCUACCUCCAAGUUCUGUUGCGCGCAGUGACCUUUCUUUGUGUGCUCCUCCUUGAUGCUGCGAAAUUCCGCCGUGCGGUUUUUAUGGAAGAUGGUUCAUGGAUACGUUGGACAACAAUUUGGUCGAGUUCACUGGGGAUAUCCGUCUGUCGCAUCGCGGAUGCGUACAGCUCUGUCGUGGUAGUGUUGGCCAGCGCAGUGGUUUUCUACGGUGUUUUCAGGAAGGGUUACACAGAAGAGUCGCUCCUGGUUAUACGCGGUCUCGGUAUUCAGACGUCUACCUCCUCUCAGACCUACCUGUCAAAGGCUUCGACGAGGUUCAUACCCACUACGCAGAUUCAGGAUAUCGUGAUACACGAAGCUUUCAAGGGCUUCGAGGUUCGAUUCUAUCUUGCAGUAAUUGUUGAAGGUGAAAGCGAAGUGGUUGUGGUGUUUCCUAAACUGUUACCAAAUCGGCAAAUCCUAGAGGAGGUUUGGAGGGGUUCACGGAGCUGUUUGUAUGAUUCAAAGUCGUGAUGGAGCCCAGCUUCACGUCUGAGAGGAAUCAAUAACUUCGUGCUCAAUG